AUGCUCAAACAUGUAGUGGGAUUGACAGCCCUGCUGGGGCUGCUCAGCCACCCAGCACACACUGCAGGAGGCAUACAGCCGAAUGAAGGCACAGCAGCUGCGCUGGGUAACUCCGGGGCUGCUGGCUGUCUCUUUCCUUCCCCUCGGUAUCAGCGGCCCCUCUCCCUGUCGGAACUCCCCACGCCAGAAGGGGAGGGCCCGAGCGGCUUCUGGUGGGCUCUGCCCAAGGCGGUCGAGGAAAAGGAGGUUUCCUUGAGGACCAGGGGUCACGGGGAGCAGCUGCCACGGCAACAGCAGCACCUACAACGGGAGCACGCCCAUCGGGGGCCCGAUGCAACUGCGGAGGGCCUUACAGGAGACAGUUCGGAUUAUGAGGCUCAAGGACAGCAGCAGAGGCAGCAGGAAGGGCUCCGAAAUCACCGCUACGCGGACUCAGAACGUCUUCAGCCGCAGCUACCUAGAGAUUCGGACGAUAAAGCGCAAGCGAAGCAGCCUUUGCUGCCAGAGGCGCAGCCCUCUGGAGAGGAUCAGGUGCAGCAAAAGCCAAGACUGCAUUCAGGGGGCCUGCAAGAACCUGACGAGCUAAGCGAGAGUGAUUGGAGCGAGGGAGAGGCCAGCGGAGAUGAAGGCCAAGCAGAUGCUGCAACGAGCAGCAUGCCACGCUUGCAUUGGCACAUUUCGCCCAAGCAGCUCGAGGGCUCCACGCUGCCGAUGUCCGCAAUCUACAAAGCGGUAUCGAAGAUCAACCGACGCUAUGAACCGUGCGGAGAGACUAUCAGGGAUUUGACCGCCUCAGGUGGGCUGGUGCAGUUUGUUUUGGAUAUUGGAAGCCUCAAAUUGGCUCAUUACCUCUCAUAUAUCCAGAAACAACGGCAGCAGCAUCAAGAGCAGCAUCAGUUGCUCAACUCGGCUAGUGGAAGAGCAGCAAUCCAUCGUUCAAUACAAGGCGUUGACCUCCAAACUCGUAGACAUUUACAUGCGGGUGCUUGA